AUGUUACAGAAUAUCUGAUCUUUAAUACAAGAAGAAAGCUAUUAUGUCUCAUACACGCAAGCCCCCUCUCGUGACAGGUAUUUCUCCCAAUGAAGGUAUUGCAUGGACAAAGGUCACAAUUCGAGGAGAAAAUUUGGGAACAGGCACAGCGGAUCUUAUAGGCUUGACAAUCUGUGGACAUAAUUGUAUUCUGACUGCUGAAUGGAUGUCUGCCAGCAAAAUUGUGUGUCGAGUUGGUCAAGCUAAAAAUGAUAAAGGUGACAUAAUUGUCACUACCAGGUCAGGAGGCAAAGGGACUUCAACUGUUUCCUUCAAACUUUUGAAACCUGAAAAAAUAGGUAUCUUGGAUCAGUCUGCUGUCUGGGUUGAAGAAAUGAACUAUUAUGACAUGCGCACUGACAGGAACAAAGGGUUGCCCCCUUUGUCUCUACGUCCCGCUAAUCCUCUAGGCAUUGAGAUAGACAAAGGAAGAUUUCCUCCAAAGGAACUGGAAGCUUUGUUUCCUGGCAUGACUGCUGAUUUUACCAGUGAAAAUUUUUCUGCCGCCUGGUAUUUGAUAGAGAACCAUUCAACAACCAGUUUUGAUCAGCUUAAAAUGGCGGUAAUGAAUCUGAAAAAACAAGCCAACAAGAAAAAUGAGGGAAGUCUGGCAUAUGUCAAAGGGGGUCUCAGUACCUUUUUUGAAGCCCAAGAUGCCCUGUCAGCAAUCCAUCAAAAGCUGGAAGCAGACGGAACAGAGAAAGUGGAAGGAUCCAUGACGCAAAAGCUGGAGAAUGUUCUGAACAGAGCAAGUAAUACAGCAGACACAUUAUUCCAGGAAGUGUUAGGUCGCAAAGACAAAGCCGAUUCAACAAGAAAUGCACUCAACGUUCUCCAGCGCUUCAAAUUUCUUUUUAAUCUUCCGCUGAAUAUUGAAAGAAAUAUUCAAAAGGGUGAUUAUGAUGUAGUCAUUAAUGACUAUGAAAAAGCGAAGUCAUUGUUCGGGAAGACUGAGGUUCAAGUAUUUAAAAAAUAUUAUGCAGAAGUUGAAACUCGAGUUGAAGCUUUAAGGAAACUACUACUGGAUAAACUGCUUGAGACACCAUCAACUUUACAUGACCAAAAACGUUAUAUAAGGUAUCUGUCUGAUCUCCAUGCAGAAGGGGACCCAGCCUGGCAAUGUAUUGGUGCCCAGCAUAAAUGGAUUCUUCAGCUUAUGCACAACUGUAAAGAGAGUUAUGUUAAAGAACAGAAAGGCCAUAUGUUAGUGCACAGCCCAAUGUUGGAUCUGGAAACUGAAGUGCGCCCAUCUUCACUUGGUCAUCUCAGUCGAAGUGCUUCACUGAAAAGAGGCAGCAGUAAUCAGUCUAGUCGCGAUGAAAAUUGGCGAUUUAAAGCGCCUCAGCAAGUGGCAUUUGUUGAAAAACUAACAAAGCUUGUUGUAGGCCAGCUCCCCAACUUCUGGAAACUUUGGAUCUCUUACGUGAAUGGGAGCCUCUUUAGUGAGACUGCUGAAAAAUCUGGUCAGAUGGAACGAUCAAAGAAGAAUGCUAGACAAAGACAAAAUGAUUUCAAGACGAUGAUUCAGCAAGUGAUGAAGUCUCUAGUCAAAUUGAUUCGUGGUGCUUUACUUCCAUUCAGCCUUGGAGAAAAUGAACUAAGAGAGUAUGGUGGCUGGGAGAUGAAAUCUGAAUUGUCCAGCCAAUGGUUACCUCAUGUCAUACAGACAGUUAGGCUUAGUUAUGAAUCUCUUACUGCACUUGAAAUACCAAAUGACAUGCUUCAAAUCAUCCAAGAUCUAAUUUUUGAUCUCAGAGUUCGCUGUAUAAUGAUUACUUUACAACAAACAGCUGAAGAUGUGAAGAGAUUAGCUGAAAAGGAGGACUGGGUUGUAGACAAUGAAGGCUUAACCUGUUUGCCAUCCCAAUUUGAAGAGCGUGUAGAGCAUUCUUUGCAGUCACUCAAGGGUGUCCUUGAUUGCAAGCCUGGGGAGACCAGCGUUUUUCAGCAGCAGAAAAUACAGGAAGAUGUGUUCCAGCUGAGCAUAAACAUCAUGCAGGUGUUCAUUGAUUGUCUGGAACAACUGAGUACCAAGCCUGAUAGUGAUGUAGAUACUAUACAUCUUUCAGCUGAUGUUUCAUCGCCGGAUUUAUUUGGAAGCAUCCAUGAAGACUCCAGUUUGUCGUUAGAACGGAGGCUUUUAAUCGUGCUUAGUAACUGCUGCUACCUAGAACGCCAUACCUUCCUAAACUUAGCUGAGCACUUUGAGAAACAUGGUUUCCAAGGAGUUGAAAAAAUCACCCAAGUCAGCAUGGACUCCUUAAAGGAGCUUGACCAACGACUGUUUGAAAUGUACAUUGAAUUGAAAGCCGACCCUAUUGUAGGAUCAUUGGAACCUGGCAUUUAUGCAGGUUAUUUUGAUUGGAAGGACUGCCUUACCCCCACAGGUGUCAGAAACUAUUUGAAGGAAGCCCUAGUACAUAUCAUUGCAGUACAUGCUGAGGUGUUCACAGUCUCAAAAGAACUUGUGCCCAGAGUGCUCUCCAGGAUUGUUGAAGCAGUUGCUGAAGAACUCAGCCGACUGAUGCAGUGCGUCUCAUCCUUCAGCAGAAAUGGAGCUUUGCAGGCCCGACUUGAAAUCUGUGCAUUGAGAGAUGCCGUGGCUGUAUUCCUCACAUCUGAAAGCCACUCCAGUUUUAAGCAAGCUUUGGAAGCCUUGCCUCAGCUGUCAAGUGGUGGUGAUAAAAAGUUGCUGGAGGAGCUGCUAAACACGUUCAAGAGCAGCAUGCAGUUGCAGCUCACAUGUUUUCAGGUGGCUUCUUCAACAAUGGUGAAGACAUGAAGCACUU